AUCAAAUUUUGAAGUUUGUUUUCAUAAUUAACAAUUUGAGAUGGUAUGGAACUUCAUCCCAUUGUAGACAAUUUGUCCGACCUCCGACCUAAUCUCUGGUGUGUGAUUUCCCCAGCUGGCGAAGGUCCGAGCGCUAGAGUCGGACAUACGUGUAUAUUUUUAGGCGGGAAAAACGGAGGUGAUCUCCAAGGUAACGAAAAGGGUCGAAUAUUGAUAAUCGGAGGUGCAAAUCCCGAUGGAGCGUUUAACGAUGUCUAUAGUAUUGACUUAAGUACUUUACAGUGGAAGAAAUCUGAAAUCCAGGGACUACUUCCCAGAUAUGAGCAUUCAUCAUUUAUACCAACAUCAUGUCCAGAUAGAGUGGUGGUGUUUGGUGGAGCGUCUAAGACAGACAACCUAAAUGAURUCCAGGAWUUAGAUACAGUUAAUAAUGUAUGGUCAAGUGUUAAAGUCAAUGGCACUCCACCAUCAAGUCGAACAUGCCAUUCWAUGGCCUCGGUYGGCAACAGUUUAUAUGUGUUUGGYGGUGGUUAUAAAGGAGCAGAACCUGUACAAGACCAAGGGAUGUAUGUCUUUAAUGCAGAGACCAAGACAUGGAGCCAGUUGGAAGUGAAGGGUGAUAAGCCAUCAGCUCGACAUGGUCAUCUCAUGGUUGCCAUAGGAACAGAUAUCUUUUUGCAUGGUGGAAUGGCUGGAAUUAAUAUCUACAAUGAUUUAUAUAAAUUCUGCACAAAUGAUCAUACUUGGUAUAGCCUGAAACCCUCGGGUGAUAUACCAGACGGACGCRCAGCCCAUGCUGGGACUGUCGUCAAUAAUGACUUAUAUGUAUUUGGUGGGAUGAGUGGCAUAGGCACUGCUCUAGAUGACUUCUACAAGCUCAAUAUAGAAAUUUUACAWUGGAGUAAAAUAAAGCUAGACACUUUACCACCUGAUCCGCGCCUUGACCAUGCUAUGUGCACACUGACUAUUGCACAGCCAUUAGAUGAAAAAGCAAGYGCAGAUUCAAAUGAAAAGAAGAAAGUGUCUCAGAUAAUAUUUCUGUUUGGUGGAAUGGACACAAGUGGAGUAAUACUUAAUGACUGUUUCGUUUUCCUCCCUUCUGCUGAAUAGCUUUACUUUUUAUAUUUUUGUAAAAUAUGUCAUUAUUUGGAAAUUUCUUCAUUGUAAGAUAGGUUUAUAGAAUUUUCAUUGAAUAAAGAUUAUUGUUGGAUA